CAAUGGCAUCGACACGAGCUUGGGUGGCCACUGCGGUUCUUCUGACAUGCAUCUUCACUGUUCCCACAGACGGCUGGAGCCGGAGGCGCCGCUGCCCAUCACACACCUCAGCCCUUCCCGGUGCCAUCAACAGAUGGGACCAGGCCUUCAGAUUCGUAUGCCCCAGCGGCCAGGCCAUCUCCCGCGUACAGAGCGUCCACUGCAACCACGCCGAGGACCGAGUUUGGCGGUUCGAGUGUAAAUCUGUUCCCGGGCUUUCUUCAUUCACUCAGCGGUACUGGUCAUCCUGGAUCAACGCCUUCGAUGGCCCAAUGACCUACGCCUGUCCCUACAACAGCAUCGUCACUGGUUUCCAUAGCGAACAUUCCAACAACAGUGAGGACCGCCGCUGGAAGGUGAUGUGUUCCGGGAAGGAAGGCAUGGGUAUCUCCAACCGAUACAUUGACGAAUAUGCGAACAUCCGGGAUGGCCGCAUGAACUAUUACGUUCCCUACGGCUUCUACAUCAGGGGGAUGCAUGGUCACCAUGACAAUGGCAGCGAGGAUCGACUUUACCGCUUCGAUCUGUGCAGGAUCAACCUGUAACCGUUACCUGUAGCGACCAUGGCUAUGGUACACAACGGUCCCGCUAAUGGUACAUCAGAUAACGUUAUGUACAGUAAAGUUAAGCUUUGCGCCUGGUAGCACUAUUAUUGUUAGGAAUGAUAUAAGUUUUGGUGAUGAAAAAGCCGCUUAGUCUAAACCCUGGACAGUUCUGUUCAGUAAGAAAAAAGAGAAGUGAAAUCCACAGUAAUUUUGU